AGAACAUGCCAUCACAGUUUCCCCCCUUGCCGAACCCGGCACUGGACCUUGCAGUAUUAGCGUCGUAAAUCACACUCAUAGCGGCGGUUCGCCCUGGUGUUCUACUUUUCCGGCUCAAAUCUAAUUAAUCCAUCCUGGUGCUUCUCAGAGCGCGCUUCUCGGCAGACAACGGACCGGACAGAGCAGCCAUGGGGCUCCUUUCUUUCUUCAUGCCCAACCCGGGCAAGAUAGCAAGGUUCAGGCCCGAUUCCUAUCUGUACACCAAAACCAUCAAUGGCCACGAGAUCGCCUUCACCGACUUCGGCUACGUCCACGACGGCCCGGCCAUCGUGACUUUCUCCGGGUGGAACCAAGACCAUCGCGGCUGGAGCGACCUGACACCAUACCUGAUGGUGCAGUACCGCGUCAUCAGCGUGUGCUUCCGCGGCCACGGCCCCAACCGCGACCCGGUCGAGGACUUCGGCUUCGCCGACCAUGCCCGCGACGUCCUCGCCCUCCUGGACGCCCUGGGCGUCGACCGCUUCGUCUGCAUCGCCGCGUCGCACGGCUCGUGGGCCGCCAUGGAGCUUGCGCAGAUGGUGGGCCGGCAGCGCAUGCCGGCGCUCCUGAUCCUGGACCUCAGCAUGACCGAGGCGUCGCCGCAGUUCCUGGCCGCCCUCAAGGGCAUGCAGUCGCCCGAGACCUGGCGGUCCACCGUGCUGGCCCUGUUCCGGAGCUGGGGCAGCGGCGUGCCCAAGAUCAACAUCGCGGCCCAGGGUCUGCUCAACAUGGGCGGCUUCGGCUACGAGACCUGGUCCCGGUCGGGCAGGACCAUAGAGGAGGCCUACCGGACUUGGGGCACCCCUAUGGAGCGCAUGAAGCGGCUGUCGGAUCCCCCGCUGAUCCACCACGUCUACAGCCAGCCCGACAGUGCCGAGUAUGAGGCGCUGCAUCGGAGCUUCAAGCAGCAGCACCCCGAGUGGUUCUCAUACUCCCGUGCCAAGGGAAAGACUCACGUGCCGCAUAUUGAGAAGCCCGGCAUUGUGAGCAAGGAGACCAAGGCACUGAUUGCUAGGGCUCUGAAACGGCCAGGGCCAGAGAACGACAAGACGUCGCCAAAGUCGGGUUGAAGAUUUAUUCUCUCCGUCGUGUCGAGCAGAUUUAGGGCAUCACUUCAUGUACCAUUAUGUUGGCCUACAUCGCAAGAGUUCACUCCGACCCUGAAGAAGGGCUUUGGUUGCGCGCACUGGUGUUGCUUCUUGGGGGGUUCAUGCUGCGAUGCGUCACCCAAUUUACACAGUGGUGGUCGUUGUUUUAAUUUUCGUGGUUUUGUUCUGUAAGAAGCAUGUCACCAGCUAUACGCAAUGACCCCACCAGAGCCAGUUAGUGAAUCCCCGUGGAUGGAUUUUUGACGCGGAGUUUACUGUAGCUGGUCAUCUCUUGGGCUUGUGGCGAUUUACGAACCCCCGUGCCCCCAAUGC